ACAAAAAUCCAAUUACUUCUAGUAUUUUCGAAGAUAACUUGAUGUUAACAGUCGAAACUUAGAACUCGUAGGAUAUGGUUCUAACAUUAAAUUGUUUUUGUUGUCUUUCAGAUCGUUUAGAGAAAUUAUAAUACAAUAGAGUGAGAAUAUUAUUCAUUAGACAAUUUUUAUUACAAUCGAUAGUCAUGAUAGUCGAUAAAUUGAUAAACCACACAUCCAAUUUCAUUACAAAAGAUAACAUAUGGAAAGGCAUAGAAAAACCUAUAUCCCUGAAAUAUAUAAACAUCGGAAAGCUAUUAUUAGAUCGAAUGAAGGCUAAACCCGACUUUGUCGGUCAGUUAAAAGAAAGUUUGGUUGACUCGUUAAUUGAAACAGCGAAGCUCGAAAAUCACGAUAUCAAAAUCGUCGUCUUUGAUAAGACUUCAAAUGCUAUUCCCUUUUCAAAGAUACUUCAGGAUCAUAGAAAAUGCGACGUGAAUAAUUUUGAGUGUACAUCAGUCGAUAACGUUCACGAUACAGCGAUAAUCGCUUAUUCAUCCGGCACGACUGGAUUUCCUAAAGGAGUACAAAUUUUCCAUUACUCUUGCUUGUAUGCUGUCUUUUCUGAGAAUUUGGGAAUUUGUAAUAUCCCUUAUGAAGCCAUCAAAGCUCCUUGUCAUAUGCAAGAAAUUUUGCAUAGAACUUUAAUACACAGAAAUCUGUUUACAGUUUCUUUAUUAAUAGCAAGGAAAUAUUAUAUGUUGACUAUUUUCAGAAGAAUGAUCGAAAUGUAUGGUUCUAUAACAAUUCAAAUGCCAUAUCACAAACUGAAAUCGAUUGGUAUGGUAUCUAAGAACGUUCAAAUCAAGAUCAUCAAUAUAGAAACCGAAAAUACAUUGCGUCCAAACAAGAUUGGUGAACUUCUGGUAAAAUCGCUAACAAUGACUAAGGAUUAUUACAAUAAUCCAUAGCCAACCAAAGAUGCGAUCGAUGAUGAUGGAUGGUUUCAUAGCGGUGAUCUUACUUAUUACGACGAGAAAGGCCAAUUUUUCUUUGUUGAUAGACCGAAAGACGCAAUAAAGUAUAGAGGUUAUCACGUCUCAAGACGAUGAGUAUCCUAUCGCUUUUGUUACCAAAGUACCUGGUUCAAAGAUACGAUUGUAUUUGAACCUAUUCGAAAGAAAAUUGAAUAAGCCAUUUAAUAAAUUCUAAUUAACAUACAGGUAA